UCUUGAGUAAAUUAACGGUGUCUGUUUUCACUGUAGUGGUGUGAAUUUGGUUGGGUAUUGAGUGGGGGAAAGAAGAAUAAAAAUGGCUUCUUUAAAGCCUGGUAUAUUACUAAAGCUUUUGCAGAAUGUGGAUAACAAAGAGGCCAAAGUUGUUGGUGAACACCGCUCUGCUCUUCUUCAGGUGAUUGGAAUAGUACCUUCAUUGGAUGAUGAUCCAUGGAAGAGUAGGGGGUUUUAUUUAAGAGUAUCGGAUUCAGUGCACUCAGCCUAUUUAUCUGUCUUAGAUGAAGAUGUAGAGUUGAUAUUGAGUGACAAGAUUCAACUGGGUCAAUUCAUCCAUGUGACCAGACUUGACUCUGGCUCCCCUGUUCCAGUGCUUUGCGGCUUAAAACCGGUGCCAAAAAGGCGUCCUUGCAUAGGGGAGCCAAAGGAUUUGAUUUCGAGCGAUGUUUUGACAGUUAGGAAAAAUGUGGACUCAAAAAGGGUGAAAAAGAAGGUGGGGCUUGAUAAGAAAUCCUUGGCAAAGGAGAAUCUAAAGGGGAAACUGAAUGGAGUUUUGGAUAAUGAAGGUGUGAAAUCAAGAAGGCUUUCAUUGAGCUAUGGGAAUGUUGGUGGGCUGGAGGUUAGAAGGUUGAGCUUGGAUUCGAUCAGGAAAGGAUGGGAUCGGAGCCCUGGUGGUAAUGGUAGUGUUGUAUCAGUAUCAAAGUCAAAGUUCAAAGAGGGUUCUUUGGGUUUGGAUUCUUCAAGGAGCCCUGCAGGCAAUAAUGGUGUUGCAUCGGUGUCAAAGCUGAAACCCAAAAACGUUUCUUUGGUUUCAGAUUCUGUAAAUAGCACUGCAUGUAAUAGGGGCGUUACAUCAGUUUCAAAGUCAAAAUCCAAAGAUGGCUCGGAAUCUGUUCUUCCUGGCAAGAAAAGUUCUUCUGAGGAUUCCACAUCAAAAAAUUCAAGCAUUUCACCUCUUAAAUCCAAAAAUGGGACAGUGUCACCAAAACUUAUAACCAAACCUACUAGGAAAGAUCUGAAGUCUUCAAACAAUGAAACUCUACCAGCUCAACUUAAGAAGGUGGAUCUCCGUUUUGGAAAUUGGUCUGACUCAAAGAUCUCAAGCAAGUCAGUUCCUCUGACCAUCCAUAAUCUUGGAAAGGAGGUAAGAAUUUAUAGGAACAUUUCCUUCCUGUCUGCUGCACAUGCCAUGGAAGAUGCAGCCGCUGCGGAUGGUGUCAUUCGCUGCAUGAGCACGUUUGCACAACUGUGCGAGUCAUCUGAAAAAGAUUCUGCUGGACAAUUGGUGGAGCAAUUUUUGCACCUUCAGGGGAAUAUGCAGAAUGCAGCAGCCAUGAUUGAGGCGUUGGUUGAAACCAGGACUCUUGAGGGCAAAAGCAGCAAUUCUUGCAGCAGUCAGCCCCCAUCACCAGAAAUGUGCUCUAAAUUUGCAAGCAAGAAUGCCUUAUCAUGGGUACAAGCUGCAGUUGAGACUGAUCUUGCAAAAUUCUCUUUGCUCAGAAAGGACGAAAAGAAAGGCAUUCAGAGUGGUCAGAAUUGCUUCUAUGUUAUGUUAGAAAAUGCUCCAAAGAAAAUUGAAGCCGAGAACUCCCCAUCAAAAAAUAAGAGAAGCCCUAGAAACCAUGAUAAAGUUGUAUCAGAUUCAAAUGCAAAAAAUCCGCCUCCAAGUUCAAGGCGGCUUCCAUCAGUGACAAAACGGGCAGCUGUUGAAACUGAAGAGUGGUGCAAGGGAAAUGGGUUGAAGGAUGCUGCAAGUUUAGCAGAAAAGUUGCUCUUAGUAUCUCGUGGAUGGUUCCUAAAUUAUUUGGAAAAUUUCUUAGACAAGGACUGUGGACUCAUGAAUGGCGAGGCAGAUUCUAAAACAGCAAGUCUCCUUGGACAGCUUAAGAGGGUUAAUCAGUGGUUGGAUGAUUCAUUUCCGCAAGGUCAUGGAGUUGAUGAGAGGAUAGAUGGCUUAAAAAAGAAGCUGUACGGGUUUAUGUUAGAUCAUGUUGAUUCAGCAAUCCUCUCAAAGAGGUAGGUUACAGUGGAAACAAUUGACUUUUUGCUAACUUAACUGAUUCAACUUGCUUUCACUAACAAUCUGCUAUAAAAGGGUGUUCUUGUUUUGCUUGCAAAAAAUUUGUCAUGGAUGCAAAUGCAAUGCAUUCAAAAGCUUCUAAAAGCGUCAAAGUCCAUUGAUUGAAUAUGGAAGGGUAUACUUCAUUAUUGAGAUGUACAGAUGAACUUGACAGCUUUUUUUUUUUCAUUAAGAUUGGAAAUGUA